UUUAAGUGGAGCCAAGGAAACAGUUCUGAGAUCAUCAAUCAUCCCUUGCGGUCAUAUAUGAACAUAUAUGCCUUGUCUGUUUAUGAGACCUGAACUGUAAGGAAAAACAAUUGGCCGAGUGUCUGCCCAUAUGUCUGGAUUAUUUCCAUUUCCAUUUUACAAGUUAGACUAGAGGGAGCUCAGUGGAUAUAACCAAGAAGGACUGGCUCAGAGCUCCAUAAACUGCUCAGAAAAUGUGAGCCCAGGAAGAAGCAGCAGCAAUGUUACCAUUCUGAGUGAUUACUGAUAACAUCUACAGAGGAAACAUCUUCACAAUGUGUAGCAUGUCCGGAUUAGAGAUGAUGCAACUGAAAAAUGUUCUCUAAGGCAACACCACUAAUGACAACAAAGACAUCAAUAUCCUCUAUUAAGGCAUAUGCUUACUAUAUUUCAGUCUCUGUGGUAACCACAGAGCGUGUGUUCUCCAGUACUAUGAAUAUUAAUGUCUCUAUUAAUAUUUUUAUAUCUUUAGUGAUUUAUGACACUAUUUAAAGAUACGUGAUCAUGGUAGAAAACUCAAACAUACAAAGAAUUCCCGGGCAAAACCAUUGUCCCAAUCUCUCAAUGUCCUUCCAGAGGCAUGGCCCUCAUUUUGAUAUUGAAAGAAUGCACACACAAAAAGGCCAUCAGUGGCCAAAACACACAGGGAGCAGGGUUCCAAUGUCUCACCUGUGUCACUCAGUUUUUCUCCUAGGAGUCUUCUUAGUUGCACAACCUUGACCAUCAUUUUCAAGGCUUUUGAGUUUUUCCUGCAUUGUCUGCCUCUGGGCACCAGCUUCUAGCCCCAUGAGAGGAGCAAACCAGUCGAGUGUCUCCGAGUUCCUCCUCCUCGGGCUCUCCAGGCAGCCCCAGCAGCAGCAGGCCCUCUUUGCGCUCUUCCUGAGCAUGUACCUGGCCACGGUCCUGGGAAACCUGCUCAUCCUCCUGGCCAUCAGCGUGGACCCCCGCCUGCACAUCCCCAUGUACUUCCUCCUCAGCCACCUGUCCUUUGUGGACAUCUGCUUCUCCACCACCACCGUCCCCAAGAUGCUGGCCAACCACAUCCUUGGGACUCAGGCCAUCUCCUUCUCUGGGUGUCUCACACAGAUGUAUUUUGUGUUCAUGUUCGUGGACAUGGACAAUUUCCUCCUGGCUGUGAUGGCCUAUGACCGCUUUGUUGCCAUAUGCCACCCCUUACACUACUCGACAAAGAUGACCCACCAGCUCUGUGCCCUGCUGGUUGCCGGGUCAUGGGUCAUUGCCAACCUGAAUGUCCUACUGCAUACCCUGCUGAUGGCUCGACUGUCGUUCUGUGCAGACAAUGCCAUCCCCCACUUCUUCUGUGAUGUGACUCCCCUCCUGAAACUGUCCUGCUCUGACACCCACCUCAAUGAGGUGAUGAUUCUGACUGAGGGUUCUCUGAUCAUGAUCGCUCCGCUUAUUUGCAUCCUGGCUUCGUAUGUCCAUAUUACCUGCGCUGUCCUGAGAGUCCCGUCCACGAAGGGAAGAUGGAAAGCCUUCUCCACCUGUGGCUCACACCUGGCCGUGGUUUCCCUCUUCUAUGGCACCAUCAUUGCUGUGUAUUUCAACCCUUUGUCCUCACACUCUUCUGAGAAGGACACAGCAGCUACUGUGAUGUAUACCGUGGUGACCCCCAUGCUGAACCCCUUCAUCUACAGCCUGAGGAACAGGGACUUGAAAAGGGCUCUUGGAAAAGUGGUUGGAAGAAAGACAUUUUCUGUCCGAUGAGAGAAUCAAAGCUGAAUCUUAUUUUCAUGAAAACUUUUUUUUUUUUUUAAUCAACUGAGUAUCAGAGAGCAUAUGUUUUGUCAAAGGGAGUCUGGAAACAAACUUAUUCAUGUCUGUGCUAGGGGAAUGUAGAUGGCAAUUGUUACUUACUUACUUACCUGUGGCCUGAAUUCACCUGUACUCCUGCUGCAUCUACCAGUAAUGAGAUUUCUUUUUUAAUGACUAACUUUUGAAUUAUUUUACACCUAAGUCAAGUGUUUCCUUUUUAAAUGGUCUGUCUGGGAGGAUACAGGUGACACAUAUUUUUGAACAUUAGAAUUCCCUGGAAGCUUUUAUAGUUCACUGAUGUCCAGGCUCCAACACUGACCAAAUAGAUCAGAAUCUCUGCGGGUGGGGCCACAACACUGAGAUUGAAAAAGCCUCAGAUGAUUCUAAUGUGCAGUCAGAGUGGAGAAUCUUUGGUCCUUGUUGUAUUCCUUACAUGUCCUCUGUCUUGGUCAGUCAUAAAAAUUGGGUCACAGGCAUGAUAACAGAAAUUAGUUUUGAGGGAUGCCUGGCUGGCUCAUUCAGAAGAGCCCGCAACUCUUGAUCUCAGGUCAUGAGUUCAAGCCCCACGUGGGUGUAGAG